AUGUCAACUAGACACUUUCUUCAAUCAAGAUCCGUCAUUUUCGAUGUUCUUCAUGCGAUUGUUUCGAGGCCAAUGUCCACGCAUCACAUCAAGCAACCCCUGCUGGCAGCAAAAAGUUCGUCCUUGUUCACAAAGCGCGAUAUAUCACGUUUCUACUCAACGCAAAUGCUCGCCUUAGAUGUUGAAUCCAGCCAUGCGCACCCAACCAGAAAGAAGCCGCAAAAGAAGGAGAAAUACCAUCGCCUGACGACAAAAGAUGCCAAAGGAUCAAAGAAAUCUGUCAAAGGAUACACUCUUAAGAGCAAAAAGGAACACAACCUGUCAGUUGAGGAAUACAACCGCUUUAUAUUCCAAGCCGUUCAGGAGAACCGACUUAACAAGGCCAUCAAUCUCAUGCGAGAAAUGGAGAACAAGCGUCUCAACCCCACCAUCCAAACAUAUACCAUCAUUAUCAACGAAUUUAGCAAACAAUCUGACAUGGAUCGAGCAAACAAAUGGCUUAACCGAAUGCAGAGAAACGGCAUCACACCAGAUGCUCAUAUUUAUACCACUCUCAUCGACGGCUAUAUGCGCCAAACAGACUUAGACCAAGCAGAAUCCAUUUUUCGUCUCAUGAUGAGCAGAAACGUCAAACCCACCAUCGUGACAUACAACAUCUUGAUGCAUCAUUCAGCCCGACAACUUAACAUGGAAUCAGCCCUGAAAUUCUGGGGAAAUUUGCUAGAAGCAGGACUGAAAUCAGAUGUGUACACAUUCGCCAUUAUUUUGCAUGGCUUAGGACAGGAGGGACGGGUGGACGAAGCGUGGCGUGUGUAUAAAACGAUGCAAGACGAGAAAGUCGAUAUCAAUGAGGUGGUGGCAACUACGCUGAUGGGGAUGCAUGUCAAGCAACACGACAAUGAAUACGCCAUCCAACUAUUCAACAAAUUCUUCAGUCCAAAUCACAGCCAGCUGAAAGCAACUCACCAUACUCGCAAUGUGUUGUUAAACGCCAUCAUUGGAAAAGCAGAUAACGAAGCCAUCACACAGUACUAUAAUCUUUACAAAUCCAACGUAACAGACAAGAUUCACAAGGAUGCACUCUUUGUUGGAGCCAAUGUAUAUACCUAUACCACCUUUAUGCGAGCUUUUCUUCGUCGCAACAAUUUACCAAUGGUCAGUCAAGUAUAUGCGGACAUGAUGGCUCAGCACAUUCAACCUUCACUCGUAACCUAUGCAACACUCAUGCUGGCACAUGCGUAUGUUCCGGACCCGGAGUCGUGCCAACGCAUCUUGACAGAGCUGAGGAAUAAUGGAUUGGAAUUGAAUGCAGUCAUCUAUACCAUCACAAUGCGGGCAUGGGCGAAAGCGGGUCGCUGGGAAAAAGUGAAAAGUGUAUAUGAUGAAAUGAGGAAUAGCGGCAUUCAGCCCACAAAACUGACAAUGGAGGUGCUGCGUUAUGGUAGAUCUCGUAGUGGUAACAUUUAG